AGAACUGGGAGAGUUGAUGAUCAACACAGUGAGGGGAGAGUUUCGAAGAGCCAGAAGGGGGAGUGUUAAUCACACAAAAGCGGGGGAUGAGAAGAGCUUGGCAGGGUGACUUUCAACCCUGAGCAGUCACCUGGCAGACUGCGAUAAGGGACCCAGAAGCAUUGCCCGCGUCCCGAUGAAGAUGAGAACACCUGACAGCACCAGCCGCCCUUGACCUUCCUCAAAGCCAAGCUUCUCACCAACUAUUAGCAAACCAUCUAAUCCAAAGGGCGAAUGGGUCUUCCUUGAAUGUUUUCCUACGGAGGGCAGCCAGGGGAAGAAAACCGAAAACACGGAAAGGCUUGACAGCAGCGUGGAAGAAGGCGAGGGGAGACAAAGGCAGAGUGAAUAAAAUCAGGAACAGAAGGAGAGAGGGAAGCCGGGAGAAAAGAGGAGAGAGGUACCUUCCAAAUCAGAACUCGGAGGGCUGGGAGGAGACACAAGGAACGCCCGGCUUAUCACCGAGGAACAUUUCUUAAGAACUCUAGAUCAAGAAGUCACUGUGCCGCGGGGGAUGGGAAAGAGGCAGCAGACUCCCAGUGCAUGAGGCGGGGACAGAUGUGCAGCCGCCGGAUGGAGGCCCCUGCCUGUGUCCUGAUGGCCUCGGGCCUGGCCUGCUUCGUCCAGCUUCCUGGAGUAAGAUGUGAAGAGAAUUGUGUCAGUCCUGAACACUGCCUGACCACAGAUUGGGUACAUCUGUGGUAUAUAUGGCUGCUGGUGGUCGUCGGCGUCCUGCUUCUGCUCUGCGGCCUGACUUCCAUGUUCUUCCGCUGCUGUCUGGCUCGCCAGCGAAAUGGGGAGGAGGAAGGCCAGCCACCCUGCGAAGUGACCGUCAUUGCUUUUGACCAUGACAGCACUCUCCACGAUACUAUCACUUCCCUUCAGUCUGUGUUUGGCUCUGCAGCUCGGAGAAUUCUGGCAGUGACCCAUUCCCACAGCUCCCUGCGCCAGCUGCCCUCCUCGGUGGACACCCUCCCAGGCUACGAGGAAGCUCUUCACAUGAGUCGCUUCACCGUGGCCAGGUGUGGACAGAAAGCACCUGAGUUAUCCCCAGUGCCUGAGGAAAAGCAGCUGCCUCCAGUGGAGAAGGAAUCUGCUGGAGUAGUGCACGCUUCUCUGUGAUGGGGAUUUUGAUCUGUACAUGGACCCAACGUUUCCUCGGAGUCUGUAGGAAUCCUCAGACUAACUUCCAGAAGGGUUAGCAAGGCAUCUAAAUAUCAUUCUGUGGGAAAGAUAGGUACUAAGUCUUCAUGGGUGACCACAAGUCUUUUCAGAUAUGGAGUGCUUUUAUCAGGAACUCUGAUUUAUUAUCCAAUGGCCAAAAUUCACUAUGUUGAUUACUAGCAAGGCAGGACAGCAUCAAGUGUCUUGAAUUCCUUCAGCCAUUCAGGGCAUAUACAAUUCCUUCACAUCAUGAUACUGAAAGUUGGUUUUUCUCUCUACUGGCUACCAGGUUGAGGCAAGCUUGAGGAGAAAGAGAUUGUAAGCACAGCCAUGGUCUUUAGUACACUGAACCCAGGGAGCUUUCCUCCUGAAAGAAUAACCAAUUUCACAAGUGCUGAAAUAAUCAUCUUGAAUAUGAUAUAAUACCCAUGUGGUGAUACAGAAUAUGAGGAUGGGAUAACCGGUGUUGGAUAAGAGAACACAGUAUAGUAUGUGUCAGAUAUCAAACUCUCUUUCACUGAGGUUCUGCCCACCAGAAAUAUGAAAAGCUGUGAGAGUAUAGUAACAGCACUGCUACUUCUUCAGCUCCUCUGCCCCACAAAUACACGAGCAGGCAUGUAUACAAGAGCGCGUGGGUCCUUUUCAAACUCUAAAACAAAGCUUUGCUGUGCUUCUUUCCUCCUUCCUGCUUCUACCCGUGAAGCCGCAGUGUGUCCACAGUGACUCACACUGGCUCACUGCCACCUUGUGGAGCUAGGGUAGAAAAUGCAUUCUCUCCUUCAGGCCCAUCUCUGUAUCUUUCCGGUUCCUGGAGUACGAAGUGGUCAACUAAGCCCGGCUGAGAUCCUACCCCUGGCACCAUCCCGCUGAGCAGGCUGCACUAGUAACAUGAAACACUGCUCCCCAAAGUACAAGUUAUUGGAAAAUCAAGAUGAGGAAAAGCUACAGGUCUUGAAGAAGUUACUGAAAUCUUUAAAGCACAGUCUUUUCACCUAUAAAAUAAGCACUCAAGACACCUCACAGGUUUUUGUUGUGAGAACAAAGAAGCUAAACUAAAUGGCAUGAUUUAUAAAUCACUAUGCACAUGUACUUGCUAUAAUUCUUAUCGUCGUCAUCUGAUAUUCACCUGCCUGCUGUCAUUCCACUAAGAAUUAUGUUCUGGUUUGUCUUCCUG